GAGGUUUUGCUUCAUAUACUACUGGAAGUUUAAGACAACUAGCUCCAGUUUACUAUACUUUGUAACAUAAAAGUAGAAUCAAUUGUCUUUGCUCCCUCUUGUACACUCUCUUUUCUAAGCUCUUUUAUCUUUCCCUGCUCUCCCCCGAAAAAUCAUCUUGUAGCUGACUCUCCAUGAAUUUAAAAAACAGCUUUCACUGUCUUUGGAAGGAGGUAAUCUUAUGCUUAGGGGGUGAGAGAGUACCAAGUCUUUGAAAUAAUUAGUUUUAAACAAAUUAAGUGUUAGGUAGAAAACUGAGGGACAUUCCUUACCAAGCCAUGACAGUGUUAGUGCCUUAACUUAAUAAUUUCCCAAGUGACAGUGUGUCUGCGGAAUGGAUUUUCUUACACCAUCUGGUUGUCAUUGUGAUUUUUUUGUUGUUGCUUUCAUUUGAAAUGUGCUGAUGAUCUUGUUUUUAUUCCGUAGCAUUGAACAGAUGGGUUGAUUAUUCUUUUCAGAUAUUAAUAAGGCAGCGGAAAGAAGAAAUAUGAAUACGGCUCCAUCAAGACCCAGUCCCACACGAAGGGAUCCUUAUGGCUUUGGAGAUAGUAGAGAUACGAGACAUGACCGGUCCCCAAUUCGAGGAAGUCCAAGAAGAGAGCCCAGAGAUGGUAGAAAUGGCCGGGAUGCCCGGGACCAUAGAGAUAUGCGGGACCACAGAGAUAACAGAGACAUGCGAGACCCCAGAGAUAGAGAUAUGCGGGAUCCCAGAGACAGCAGAAGUAUGCGUGAUGCUCGAGACAUGAGAGAUCUGAGAGAUUUCCGUGAUCUGAGAGACUCCAGAGAUUUUCGAGAUCACCGGGACCCUGUGUACGACAGAUACCGAGACACCAGAGACUCUCGAGACCCCGUGUACAGGAGAGAAGGAUCUUAUGAUCGAUACACACGUGUAGAUGACUAUUACAGGAGGAAAGAGGACUCUUACUUUGACCGUUACAGAGAUAGCUUUGAUGGACGAGGUCCUCCAGGCCCAGAAAGUCAAUCCCGUUCAAAAGAGCGUUUAAAACGUGAGGAACGGCGCAGAGAAGAGCUUUAUCGCCAAUAUUUUGAUGAAAUCCAGAGACGCUUUGAUGCCGAGAGGCCUGUUGAUUGUUCUGUGAUUGUGGUCAACAAGCAGACUAAGGAUUAUGCCGAGUCUGUGGGGCGGAAGGUGCGUGACCUAGGCAUGGUAGUGGAUCUGAUCUUCCUCAACACAGAGGUGUCCCUGUCACAAGCCUUGGAGGACGUUAGCAGAGGAGGCUCUCCUUUUGCUAUUGUCAUUACCCAGCAACACCAGAUUCACCGCUCUUGCACAGUCAACAUCAUGUUUGGAACCCCACAAGAGCAUCGCAACAUGCCCCAGGCAGAUGCCAUGGUGCUGGUGGCCAGGAAUUACGAACGUUACAAGAAUGAGUGCCGGGAGAAGGAGCGGGAAGAGGUUGCCAGACAGGCUGCCAAGAUGGCUGAUGAGGCCGUGAUGCAGGAAAGGGAGCGAGGAGGCCCUGAGGAGGGCGUGCGAGGUGGGCACCCUCCAGCCAUUCAGAGCCUCAUCAACCUGCUGGCAGACAACAGGUACCUCACUGCCGAAGAGACCGACAAGAUCAUCAACUACCUGCGGGAGCGGAAGGAGCGGCUGAUGAGGAGCAGCACCAACUCUCUGCCUGGCACGAUUUCCCGCCAACCACUUGGGGCGUCCUCGGGUGCCUCACUGAAAACGCAGUCGAGCUCCCAAUCGCUCCAGAGUGGUCAAGCGCUCCCCUCUGCUACCCCCACCUCUGCUGCAGCAUCCACCUCCCAGCAAGAGCUUCAGGCCAAAAUCCUCAGCCUCUUCAAUAGUGGCACUGUGGCCGCCAAUAGCAGCUCUGCGUCCCCCUCAGUCGCUGCUGUGGGCUCUCAGAACCAGAAUUUUUCCACAGCAGUGAACAGCCAGCCUCAGCAAAGAUCACAGGCCUCUGGCAGUCAGCCUCCAAACAUUUUGGGACAGGCAGGAUCUGCCCGGAACAUGGGCCCCAGGCCUGGGGCUCCUUCCCAGGGGCUCUUUGGCCAGCCUUCCAGUCGCCUGGCACCUGCCAGCAACAUGACUAGCCAGAGGCCCGUGUCUUCCACAGGCAUCAACUUUGACAAUCCAAGUGUACAGAAGGCUCUGGACACCCUGAUCCAGAGUGGUCCUGCUCUCUCCCAUCUGGUUAGCCAAACCACAGCACAGGUGGGGCGACCCCAGGCCCCCUUGGGAUCCUACCAGAGGCAUUACUGAGGCUAAAUCUCUCAAAUACACCCAUUGCCUCCUCCCCUGGCCUCCCACUUA